AUAUAUAAUGUUCGCAAACACAGAACGUGCCUGUACGUAGUAUGAAUUUAGUGUUAACUCAUUUGUUUUAUCUUAAUGUUAUCAAGAUCAACGGGAUUACAAUCAUAAAAACGUUUUAAGUCAGAUGAAAACAAGACAUACUAUUAAGAGAUCAGUUAUUAUAUACCGUAAUUCAUUAAAAAAUGUACUCGAUGUUGAACUUUGAGACCGCUGCUGCCAUAGUACAUAUUAAGUAAGACACAAAAUGUAUAGAAGUGAUCAUAUAGUAUAUUGAAAUUCUGUUUAACAGGCCAUGCACCUGUAUUUAUAGUUAUGUUUGAGCCUCACGGGAGAUUUGUAGUGAAAGAUAGUAAAGUAGGUAGGUACUCGACACUGUUCGCACAAUAUAUCAGCACCAGUGACUUCAUUACAUCAAUGUAUCUUGAUAUCGUCAGCUUGCACUUGUGUUAAGACGUCGUGUAAAAUCAAAGUUAAUCAUCAAUAAUAAUACUUAGGAGUCGAGUUUCUUAUCAUAGUGUGCUACUUGAACAGUCGAUUGUAUAAACGUAGAAAACAUUUAUAACAUAUAAAUAUGAAUGGAGACGCAGCCGGAAAAGAAUACAACCCUUUUGAGCAUAGAAAAGUGGAAAAGCCUAAUUCGGAUGCCAGAGCUCUCGCUAAUCUCCUCAAGGCAUCGCUGGGGUCUGGCCUACUGGCCAUGCCCUUAGCAUUUGCCAAUGCUGGAUGGGUAGUUGGUAUCAUUGGCACAAUCAUUAUUGCUUUUAUUUGUGGUCACUGUGUUCACAUAUUUGUGGACACUUCCCGCGGAUGUUGUAAGGCGGAACGAAUACCUCUCCUUAGCUAUGCGGAGACCUGCAGAGCUGCAUUUGCUAACGGCCCUAAAACUCUAAGACCCUAUGCUAAAGCUGCAAGUAUUUUUGCGGAGAUAUCUUUACUUUGCACAUACAUUGGCGUCUGCUGCAUAUUUACGGUACUUAUAGCGGAAAAUAUUAAACAGCUCUUGGACACAUACUAUCCCGUCGUAACUCUUUCAGUGCAAUAUUACUGUCUUAUUUUGCUAGUACCGUUGAGUAUUAUGACACAAAUAAGACAUCUCAAGUGGUUGGCACCCUUUUCCUUCCUAGCGAACGUAUUAUUGGUCCUUACAUUCAUUAUAUGUCUAUAUUACGUAUUCAAAGAUCCCAUAUCUAUCGAAGGUGCAAGCGCUGUGGGACAAAUAUCUAGAUUCCCUGCUUUUCUAUCAACAGUAAUCUUCGCAAUGGAAGGCAUUGGUGUGGUGAUGCCAGUAGAGAAUGUGAUGAAGAAGCCCGAGCAUUUCCUCGGAUGCCCAAGUGUCCUGGUAAUAGCAAUGAGCUUUAUCAUGGUGUUGUACACUAUUCUAGGCCUGUUCGGUUACUUCAGAUAUGGCGAUUCAGUGAUGGCCACUAUAACGCUCAAUUUACCUGUCAAUGAUUGGCCUGCUGUAUGUGCUAAAUCGUUCAUAGCAUUAUCGAUUUUCUUCACGUAUCCUCUUCACUUCUUCGUUGUGGUGGACAUUUUAACAAAAUACAUCAAACCACACGUCAAGAAACAAUACAUGGACAUUACUCAGAUUUGCAUGAGAAUCUUUAUUGUUUGGUUUUGUGGUGCGAUCGGUAUAGCCCUGCCGAUGUUGGAACAGAUCAUCAACAUUGUCGGCGCUCUAUUUUACUCAAUCUUGGGCCUCAUUAUCCCGGGUAUUGUCGACACCAUUUUCCGAUGGCCUGCCCUGGGGAAGUACCGCUGUAUCCUCUGGAAAAAUUUUCUAAUAGUGCUUUUUGGAUUCAUCUGUUUGAUUUCCGGAUGUGCUAUUACUAUAGGAGAUAUUAUACAGAAUUUGCAUGAACAUAGUACGUAGUGACCAAUAACUGGGUUUUAUGAAAUUAAAUAAAUAAUAACCCCAAAAUUUUAAUUUAGUCUCACACAUUUUUUUUUUAUAUUAAAGAAGUAUCAAAAAAAUCAUUGCUUUGGGCCAGAUUUUAACUCGCGCCCUUAUCAACUUGUCGGACGUAUUUCAAGCAUAUAAAUGGCAUGCGUUACAAAGACAAUUCCAGGCGUUCAUUAUAAAACUGCUACAAGUUACAAGUCUCGUUUGUAAAAUUAAAUAAUGACCAUUACCAAAUGAGGUCAUGGUAAUUAAAUUUAAUUUUUAGUGAGCCUCGACCUUCUCGCAUCUUUCAAGAUUGAUGUAAUUACAAGUAUUAAUGUUUAUACUUCAUUUAUAUAAGUAAAUUAUUGUUAAUUUUUAGAUUAAGUUUUUAUGUUUGUUAAUUACUAUACAAAUUAAAUAUUUAAAAAAAUAUUAUUAUUGUAUAUCCUUGGAUUUCACGCGCCUAUAAAUCCCGGUCUUUUGAUAGGCUUGCGUUGGGAUAUAGAUCCAACACGUAGAGGCCCCUUGGAGAGCUUUAAUUUCAUGUAGAACGCCUGCUGCAACCCGUUCACAGGCGCAACAAUAGACACCCAUGAACCGGUC